UUCUUAUAUUAAACAAUGUGUGUCUUUUCUCUCCGAUAGGGGAAUGUUUGCUGGAGGCCUGCGGGAGACGCAGCAAAAAGAGAUCCCCAUUCAUGGAGUCACUUUCAUGGCCAUGACAAAAAUACUGGACUACAUCUACACUUCGGAGAUUGAGUUAAACCUGGAGUGUGUGCAGGAAGUCCUGAUAGCUGCCACGUUAGUACAGCUCGAGGUUGUCACUGGCUUCUGCUGCGAUUUCCUCUUCUCCUGGCUGGACGAGAGCAACAUUUUGGAGGUCUAUAACCUGGCAGAUCUGUACGGACUGCAGCAGCUCAGUGCCAGGGUCCACUCCUACAUGCUCAAGAACAUCCAGACUCUGUCCCGCACCGACGUGUACCGACAGCUCCCCCAGGACGUGGUGUUCAGCGCGCUGAGCAGUGACGAGCUGCAGGUGAACAGCGAGAACGAGGCGUACGAGGCGGCGCUGCACUUCCACUACAGUCCCCUGCAGGUGGAAACUGACCAGGUGUACUUGCAGGUCAGUCCUAAGGACAAUCUGAAGAUGAUCGACACUGUGCGUUUCUGCCUGAUUGAGAAACAAGUGUUGAAGCGUCUGUACGGCAGACUGAACCAGUGUCCCCUGAAGGACUGCGUGUCCUCUGCCCUGCGGUACCAUGAGCAGGAGGUCUGGCAGCCCGUCCUGCAGACCCCCCUCACCCAGCCUCGCUCCACCUUCCACUGCAUACUGGGGUUCGGGGGGAUGUUCACCUCCAGCUCCCUCACAGACAACGAGCAUUUGUUCCAGGUGUUCCACCCCAGCUGGGGGGAGUGGAGGACCCUCACUGCAGACCACGGCCCCCGCAUGUCCAACCAGGGCAUCGUGGUGCUCAACAACUUUGUUUAUCUGAUCGGAGGAGACAAGAACACCAGUGGGUUCCGCGCAGAGACCCGCUGCUGGAGGUACGACCCUCGUCACAACAGAUGGUGCGCGAUCCACCCUCUGCAGCAGCAGCAUGCUGACCACUGUGUCUGCGUGAUGGGCGGCCAUAUUUAUGCCAUUGGAGGACGGGACUAUAGCAGCGAAUUGGAGUCAGUGGAGCGCUACGACCCACACACUGACAUGUGGGAGUUUGUAUCACCCCUGAAGAGAGAGGUUUACGCCCAUGCUGGAGCAGUGCUUGAUGGGAAAAUGUAUAUCUCAUGUGGGCGCAGAGGGAAUGCGUACCUCAAAGAGACCUACUGUUUUGACCCUGGGGCCAAUCAUUGGUCAGCGUGUGCUGAGGGGCCGGUGGAGCGCGCGUGGCACGGCAUGACGGCUGUCAACGGACGCAUUUAUGUGAUUGGGGGGAGCAACGAUGAGCGCGGGUACCGGCGUGAUGUCCUGAAGGUGGGAUGCUUUGACCCUGAGGCCAACUCUUGGUCUUUAAUGUCCCCCCUCCCCGCGGGACACGGAGAACCGGGCAUCGCCGUGCUGGACAGUCGCAUCUACGUCCUGGGGGGCCGCUCUCACGACAAAGGCAACAGGAUGAAAUACAUCCACGUGUUCAACAGCGACGCAGACGAGUGGGAGGGCGAGGCGGACUUCAAGGAGCGGGUCUCCGGCCUGGCAGCCUGCGUGGUGCUCAUGCCCCCUGCUGUCGUCGCUCAGGCCCGGAGCUGGGAGCAGCGCACCAAGGCAUCAUGGGAAGACGUGGAAAUGGACAACUCGGAGGACUCGAGUGAGGACUGAAGCAGCUGUUUGUCUGAGCACUGGACGCUGUCAUGCACUUUUUCUUACACAGCAUGUUAAAGUACCUGGGGGGGGGGUUUUCUUUGCGCAGCAUCGGGUCCUUCCUGCACGUCGAUCACUGAGUGCCUCUGAACCAAAGAGUCACUCGGGACCUUUGCACACUGUUUGUUAUUUUGCAAAUAUCUUUUAAGAUAAUCAUGCCCCGCCCAUGAAUCCAAGCUCAAGAUUGUCACUUUCCUUGUAGCUACCUUUUUAAUAGCUCUCUUUAUUUGUCAUAGAGAAAACCUCAAUAUCUUAAAUAUACAGAAGGCAGUCAAGACCACUGGCUGUGCAAUAAUAUGCUGAUAUAUAUAUGGCCUGAACUGGCUUUAGACUUCAGACAUUUACAGCACUUUUAAGCUCAAUUUGUAACCACAGAGAGUUCAAAAAGACUUCUCAAAUAUGCAAACUGUAAUUCUUCUUGCAGCUUCUGGUUAUCGGCAGAAACUGAAAUUAUCUUCUCAUCCAAACUACUGAGUAAUCCUUAGGUUGUGCCUUGUUUCUGUGGAUCCUCCACUUGUGUAGUGUAUUUUUAUGUUUCAGUAUAAUGUGUGGAUGGAGUUGAGUCUUAGUUACUUUGCCUCUAGCCUCAUUAUUAGUUUAAAUAACGCUUGAACAUGACUAGUGAACGCUUCCAGGUUGUAGAGUGCAGCUCACAAUAUGCUGCCAUGUCUGUGAAUGAUUCAGGAAGUCUUGAUUUGUGUGUGACACAAAGUCCUUUUGAUGAUCUUCCAUACUGUAUACAUUAUUCUGGUACUGAGUCCAAAGAGCACAAUGAGGAGAGGUUUGAGAAUAUUUCCAUCCACUCAGUCCAGCUUUGCUCCAGGCCUCAGUUCUUCAUUACGCUGUUUAUUACAAACUUUAAGAAGCUUCUGUGAAUCCUUAACUUCUGUCAUUAAAAAACACCAGGUGCGAGACUGUU